CCCAGAAAAAUGUCGCUUGUUGUUUCACCUCCCGUUACAAAUGUGGAAAACUCACCGAAAAGACGCAACUCGGCUCUGGAUGAACUGCUCAAAGGUCCCAGGAUGACCAAGGACUACAUAAAACAGCACUGCAAGGAACACAAACUGUAUCAGACGCCCAACUUGAACGACGUGCUCUAUUUGCACUUCAAGGGCUUUUCAUACAUCGAAAACCUGGACGAGUACACGGGUUUGAAAUGUCUGUGGCUGGAAAACAACGGCAUCAAACAGAUCAGCGGGCUGGAGAACCAGGCGAACCUGCGUUGCCUGUUCUUGCACUACAAUCUGAUCAAGAAGAUCGAAAAUUUGGAGAGUUGUCCAAAUUUGGACACCCUAAACAUAUCCUACAAUCAGGUCAAGAAGAUAGAGAAUUUGGCUAAGAUAAAAAUACACACCCUGAACAUGUCACACAACUACGUGGAGCACUUGGAGGAUUUCGUGCAUUUGGAGGAGCUGGAAGAGCUCUCAGUCCUGGACUUAUCUAACAAUCACAUUGAGGAGCCGCUAAUCGUGCAAGUCCUGGGCAGGAUGCCGGAACUGAGGGUGCUCAACUUGAUGGGCAACCCUGUCAUAAGAAAAAUCCCUGCUUACCGCAAGACGUUAAUUUUGGCAUGCAAAAACCUACAUUACUUGGACGACCGUCCGGUGUUUCCCCGAGACCGGGCAUGCGCAGAGGCCUGGGAGCGUGGCGGGGCGGCCGAGGAGAACGCCGAAAGGCAACGCUGGAUCAACCGUGAGCAGGAACGCAUCAUGGCCAGCGUGAACGCUCUGAUAGCCUUGCGUGAAGAAAGAGAUCACCCGGCUGCUAAUGACAGCGGCUUCGGAACAUCGUGUGCCGACUCGGAGAGCGAGGCGGAAGACGGACGCAGACACCGUGGUCGCGAUCAGGUGUCUGAAGAAGAAGAAGAUAACGGAAGGGAGUCGCCGGUUUAUAACUACGGAAGAGAUGGUGAUGAUGAUGACAACGAAGACGACAGUUCCAGUGAUGAAAGCUCCAACGAGGAGAACCACGACUUCAUGAGGGACAGGCAGACCACCGACGACAUUGAACCGUACAGGGAGCGGAUCUUCGAUUACUCGCCGAGGCGUCCCAACCCUAUUUACGCCCCACGCCGUCCCUUGGUUGAGGAAAUUACUCCUGAAGACACCAUUGCUCAAGUACAAGAAGCUGCACCAGCACCCGAAGAAGCUAAAAAGGAAGAACCACAAAAUAAUACAACAGAAGAGCCACCAAUAGACAAGAAAGAAGACAUCCGUCUUAAAGAGACACGCUUUGAGGAUGAAUUAGAGCUGGCCGAUUUGACUUUCAACCAGUACUUGAAGAGAUUAAGAUCCAAAGAAACACAAGAUUCCUUCGAUGAAGUACCAGAGGAGUCCAGAAACGAUUUAUUGAACGAUAGCGCCUCGUUUUAUUACGAAAACCCAGAAUUCAGACGUGAAGUUGAAACUAGAAGGGAAUUACUGCUUAGGGCCGCCCAGGAUCAGACGGAAAGGCCAGCUUGGGAAAGGAAUCAAAGGGACGAUUCAGAUGAAGAGGGUGAAGCUGAUGAGCAAAGUAAGAAGGAUGAUUUGUUCAGGACUGCCUUAGAUAACUACAUGAACAAACCUGAAGAAAAUAAAGACAUCAAUAAAGAAGAAGAAACUGCUAACGAAUUAGAAGAAAUUGAGUCGGUGUGUACAAAUCAAGAAACUGAAUGUCUAGCAGAAGUUGUAGACAAUAUUGUGGAAGAGGUUAAGCCUAAACAAGUAAACGAUGAUUAUGAAAUGUCUAAAGAAGAAACAAUUGGAGAAAAUCAAGUCUUAAAUGAGGACAAUGAAAUUAAAAAAUCUAAAAUUGUAGAAAUAGAAGAUCAGGUGAAAUAUAUUCCUGAAGCUAUUGCUCUAGAGGAUCAAGAGAAACAAGAAAAUGAAGUACAAGUUGAAACUUCUAACGAAGAAGAAAACAAUGUUUCAACAACUUUCACUAGUAAUGAAAUAAAAGAAAAUCAACAAAAGCAAAAUGAAGAAGGUGCUCAGGAAACUGAUACAACUGAAGCAAUUGAAACUGAAAACAUAGAUAUUAAAGAUAAAUCUGAAAACAAAGAAGAAAACAUUGAUUUCCAAGAGGAAGAAAGCAAUGCUUCGUCAGCUUUUAAAGACAUUGAAGAUGCUGAAUCAGAUGCGACUAAUUCAACAAGUAUUCCUGAAACUGUUUUAGAUGGUCAAGAGAAGCAAGGAGUUGAACAUGCUCAGGUCAUUUAUACAACUGAAGCAGCUGAAAUUGAAAAUAUAGAUAUCAAUGAUGAAGCUGAAAACAAAGAAGAAAACACAGUUUUAGAACAAGAAGAAAGCAGCCUUUUGACAUCUGUCACAAAUAAAGAAACAAUAAAUAAUAAAGACGCUGGAGAUGCUGAAUCAGAAGAUAACAAUUAUAAUUCACUACUAAUAAUUCCUGAAUCAAUCUUAGAAUGCCAAGAGAAGCAAGAAGUUGCUCACGAAGUAGCUAAACGCGAAGCAGCUGAAAUUGAAAGCAUAAACGUUAAAGAUGACACAACAAACGAAGAAGACGAAAACGUUUCCCAAAAAGAAGAAGAAACCAAUCUUCCACCAGCCUCCACGAAUGAUAAAACAACAGAACAACAAGACACUGAAGGUGCUGAAAGAGACGAGGACAAUUUAGACGGCGCAGAAAACAAUUACGACUCACUAUCAACAAUCGACGACGGACUUGAAGAAAUCAAAGAACGGGAAAUUUUGUUGGACAAAAUGUACGUCCAUCACUAUGACGUUUGCUGUCAAGAUCCCGAACAUAAAAAUUCUGACGCUUCGUCCCACAAAAAAAUGGACAAGUCCCUGACCGACUUCGAGGAGGCGUUGCGCCUGCUGGAGCAAAAGGCCAGGGAGAAACAGGAGAAACUGUUCGAGGAGUACAACCUUUCGGCAAUGGAGUACGACGCCAAAAUAGAUAAGGCUUUAGAGGAGGAGCUGAAGAACAGAAAAGACAUCAAAUACACCCCGGCCCCGAAACAAGACGCCACCCCCGUAAAUCUAGACGAGCAACUGCUGAAGGUGCACAUGGAAAAUGUGGAGCUGAUGAAGAACGUGGAGUGCAACGUCCCCAUAAUGACCGAAGAAAGCAUGGAGAGGGAGUACGAGGAGGAGUUCGAGAAGCUCCAUCGCGAUCUGGACGAAGUCCUGCGCGCCCACAAGGAGAAAGCGAGGAAGGAGAUGCAGGAGCGGUGCGAGGAGGCCGAAAUGUACCGUAAGAUGAUGGAGGAGCAGAACAACAAGGUGCACCCACCCACAGAUGCUAAUGAAAUGAAAGACUUUGCCGACAAGGAUUUGGAGAAUGUUGAGGACAUCAAUUCCGAUUCGACUGAAAUACUGGAGCGCGACCACGACUUCGAAACCUCCAAUUUGGACCUGGAGGAAUGGGAUGAUGUGGAAGAGGACGCAGAGACGAAACAGGAGCUGGAACAACUUAUGCAGAGGCAAAAAGAAUCCGAGCCUCCAGCCGUGGAGGAGUUUGAUCAAGACGAAGACGACGACGAAGAACAACGGGAGAAAAUAAUCAGCGAGAACGACGUCCAGGAGAUCGUCGAAGGAAUAGACGAAUUGAACCAACUGUUGCACAGUUUGAUGAACAAACAGGAGCGUAUGGUGAAUCUAAGGAAGUCCGAAACUGAAUUGACCGACGCCCUGGACAUGGUUCAGAAAUAUAACGAAAUAUGGCCGCAGGAAAAGAAGGGCGGGGAACCAGAAAAAGGGGACAACGUUGCAAAUGAAUUAAAGUUGGGAGAAGACCCACCGGAAGAAAAGACAAACGGUAAUAAUAAUGAAGGUGUUGAAGGGAACGAAAUGUGGCCGCAGGAAAAGAGGGACGGGGAACCAGAAAAAGAGGACAACGAUGCAAAUGAAGAAAUGUUGGGAGAAGACCUACCGGAAGAAAACAUAAACGGAAAUAAUGAAGGUGUUGAAGGGAAUUCACCUCUAAAAGAACUAAUAAUUGAAGACAAGUCGCCAGAAUACAAAAUUAACAAAAACAAAUGCAGUUUUAAAAUUUACGAAGAUCAACCAAAUGAUGAAAAUGAAGGAACCAAAGAUAAAUUAAGCAAUUUUAAAAUUUACGAAGAUCAACCAAAUGAUGAAAAUGAAGGAACCAAAGUUGGAUUAAGCAAUGAAGCACCAGAGGAGCAAAAAGCUGGAAAGCAAACUCACAAAAAUGACUUUCAAAGAGUUGUCAAAAAAUUAUUUGACGAAAACAUCGCCGCAAGUGACGAAUCAGAGAAAGAAAAUGAUUUAAAUAUGACCUUAGAAGGUUUCGUUGAUGAAAUAGAAGCCGAAGAGGAUUUGCAACUGGAAGAGCUUGAACUUAAUGAGUUGCAGACACCUGAAGAACAACGAGAUCCUGAAAACGAUGAAGAGAAGCCGAAGGAAGAAGAAAGGGGUGCACGCAAUGAUGAACAGGAUGAAGAAGAUAAGUACAAAGUGGUAAAAAGAAGCACAGUGUGUUCUUUAGAAAUGCAAAUGGCACAAAAUGAUAAUUAACAAAUGAUUUAAAUUUUAAUUUACACAAUAAACUUUAUUUAAUAA